AUGGCGACCCCACAACAUAUAAAUUUAUUGGUAAGAAUUGACGAAUUAUGUAAAGAUUGGUCAUCAAGUCAUAAAAGAUCAUGUAUGCUAUUUUCAUCGUUAGUAAAUAUUCUAGCUCAACGUCAAGAAACACUUGAUCAACUAAAAAAAUCCAAUAAUUAUUCCUUACCACCACCAAAAAAAAAUAUCAAGAUUCUUAAUAACGACAACAACAGUAGCAGUAACAGCAACAGUAGUAAUGUCACGGAUUCAAUGAUAUUUCAGCAUGAAAUCUUGACUUCAAUUAUUUAUAAACAAUCUUGUGAAAUAGAAAAUUUACUUUGUAAACUUCAUCAUAUUCUUAAUAAUGAAUUCGAAGAAAUAUUAAAAUCUAUGCAAACAAUACAAUUACAAAUAGAAAAGAUUUUUUCAAGUUUAUUUUAUGGUAGUAGUAGUGAGGGAGCAAAAUUAUUUAAACAAAAGAAAUCACAAAAAUCAAAUCAAAACAAGAAACCAAUUUCCACCAAAAAAUCAAAACCAAAAUCAAACAAUUUAAAUCCAAUGAGUAAUAAUAAUGAUAAUGAUGUUAAUGAUGUAGCAGACAUAUCAUUAUCUUUAUCACAUUAUUAUAUAAAUAGUAUAGUAGAUAUUUAUGAACAAGAAAUGGUUUAUAAGCGUGCUAUAAUUCUAGGAGGAGCGUUGAAACUUGAAGAAAGUGAUGAAGAUGUCGGUGAUUUGGUCGGAUCAAUCAAAAAAGUUGUCGAGAGAUGGAGUGUACAACAAUUUUUGAGAUUUGAAAUUGAAGAAGAAAUGGUUGAUAGAAUAAAACUUUGGAAAAAAGUUAAAGAAUAUGAUAAGCGUAAAGAAAAAUGA